AUGGCCUUCCUGCUGCUGUUCAGAGUUUCCACAGGAGACAACUGGAAUGGCAUUAUGAAGGUGAGACUGGUCCACCAUUUUGGAUCAACUGUUGCUUGUCGCCAUUCUGGAUUUUGAGCGUACAGUAUGUGUUCAUCCGUAUGUGUAUUUCUCCUCCAGGACACCCUGCGAGACUGUCAACAGGAGAAUGCAGGCACCUGUUACAACACGGUCGUCUCUCCCAUCUACUUCGUCUCCUUCGUGUUGACCGCCCAGUUUGUCCUGGUCAACGUGGUCAUCGCCGUCCUCAUGAAGCACCUGGAGGAGAGCAACAAAGAGGCCAAGGAGGAGGCUGAGCUGGAGGUUGAACUACAGCUGGAGCUCCAGCAUGGAGGACGGGGAGGCAGUGGGAGAUCACCCCAGCUAAGCCCUCUGGCCCCGGGCAUGGAGGUGGGCGGACCCGGGGGGUCCCCCUGGAGGUCUCCCGAGAGGGAGAUCCAGAGAAGGGGCAGCGUGAUGGAUUCUCCCCCAGCAGAUGUCACUACAAGAGACAUCAGCGCUGAUCCCCUGCUAGUCCUGGAGCCACCGCUGGAGGUGUGUGGGAUUGACACCUGGCUGUGUGGACGGACUGUUUGUGUGUGUGUGUGUGUGUGUGUUGGUGGGGUUUGGAAUUCAUCCCAUUCCUGGUUCAGGGGCAAGAAGGAAUCACCAAUGAGGAGCUGCAGUAACAUCUGCAUUCAGAUUUUUUUUGUCCAUAUCUGUCGAGCUUCUGAAGGAGUUUUGCUCACUUCUCUGCUCACCCAUCUGUGUAUCUGUGGUUGUCAGCUCGUAGUGUGUUUGUGUAUCACUGUGUGUCUGUGUGUGUCUCACUAGAGUAGUGCCAUCCAUAGAUAGGUCACUGUAAUACCAUGGGAAAGACACAACAUCAUGCUGUUGACUAGACUGCUAUUCUCAGCCAACAGGUCUUUUUAUAGUGACUGUAUCGUUCCUCUGAUGUUAUCCCUUUCUCCUCUCUCUCCUUUCUGUCAUCCAUCACUCUCAGAAUCAUGUGUGGUUAAGUUCAUAGCCACAGGAAGUACAUUUACAUUUACAUUUUAGUCAUUUAGCAGACGCUCUUAUCCAGAGCGACUUACAGGGGUGCUGAGGGUGCUCCAGCACCCCCUGAAAAAUCACAAUAAAAAAUAUCGCAGCACCCCCACCCCCAAAAAUACUUCCCGCAGCUAUGGUUAAGCUCCAAUCUGUUUCCUAUGGUGGAGGGAGAUUGAGAGGAGAGUUUUAGAAUUGUUUUACUGCCCCCUUCUGGUCCGGAGAAGGAACCUUUAGAAUGCAGGAACAUAUGGGCAGGAGUAUAGACUAUAUAUAGACCAGAGCUGAUGCAUGUCCUGAAGCAUGUUCACACAUGUUGCUUUCUGCCUAUAUGUAUGCUGACCUCUUCUUGAACCUGUUGUCUUCCUUCUGCUCCCUUUUCCCCUGUUCGUCUUUCUGUGUCCCUUGUUUUCUGUCUAUAUUUCCCUGCGAUGUUUGACUCGGACUCCUUGUUGAUCCAGGGUUCAAUGGAGGGAGAGUUGAGUCUGAUAGACAACCUGCCAGGGUCAAUCUGUCACUACUAUGCACUGCCCCCACUACCCAGCAAGCACUGCAGCGACAAGAAGGUCAAUGAACCCGCCUACUCACCUCUGUCACUCACCCGCCUCACCCAAUCAAUCACCCGCCUCAGCCACACACUAAUGCUGAAGUUUUCUCUCAGCCUCAAUCUCUGGUACACACCUUCCCUCAACUUAACUCAACCCCUCCCCUCAAAUCUUACUCAACCCCUCCCCUCAACGUAACUCAACCCCUCCCCUCCCCUCAACUUAACUCAACCUCUCCUCUCCCCUCCCCUCCCCUCCCCUCCCCUCCCCUCCCCUCCCCUCAACUUAACUCAACGCCACCCUCCUCCUUCUCUUCCCUCACUCAACACUCUCUUCCCUCUGUGAGUUCUCAUUUCUCUCCAAUCCCUGUGGGUUCCUUGGCCCCUAAUAUUAUUAGAAAAGUGGUCGCCCUCCAAUACCCCUCUCUCAGCUUGACUGUAUUGGGUAAUGAUAUGGUAGUAUACCUACUGCACACACACACACACAAUCUUGGCUUUGAGCUUUUAAAAUGAACUAAUGAUAAUUUAGCACAAACUAAUGAUAAUAAUUUGACCUCUGCUGCCAAGCUGGCUGGGCACACACACACACACACACACACACACACACACACACACACGUGAUUAUGUCCCGAUCAAUAAGCGAUGUAUCACUGUUGAAUUAUUCAUCCAAAGGCCUCUUUUUCUUUAUUCAGGACAAGAUGCUUCAGCCAAUCACAUUAGCAUUGCCAAACAGCGUCUGCUAAAAGCUUUUAAAUGUAAUGCUGCAGUAUUAAUAGCCUCCAUGCUUCUCACUUGGUGUGUGAUUCUGAAAAGUUUGCAGGCGCCCUCUCUGCCAGUUAGGGCCCCUGCCCCUGUCUGCACGGGUGUCAGAAAAGCAUUUUCUCAAUGAAUUAUCCCGGUUCGUGGUGAGUGAGGGACGGUAGCCAGAAACAGGAAGCCUUUAGCAGAGAACACGCUGAGAGCUUGAACACUCCCAACUCGGCGCUCAGCGUUCUAGAGCGAGCCGAGCUAAACUAGUGUUGCAUUACAUCAAGUCUGCAUACGUUCCCGUCUCAUGUCCAUUACUCUUCAUAAAAAGUUGAACCUUUCCAAUGUCAUAUUUAAUAGACUUCUGUUGAUUUCUAUAUGAACAAGUUGUGGUUUGUGUCAAAUGUUUAUUGCUGUGUAUCUGUUGUCUGUGUGGAUGUGUGCCAUCGGGCUGUAUAUCUGUUGGUCUGUAAUGAGGUUCAUAUAUCUGUGUCUGUGUGUUUUGUCCACGUAUCUGUUAAUAUUUCUGUUGUUGAGUGUGUUUUCAAACUUACGCGUUAGGUGUUGUGCAGGGUUUUGUUCCAUACCUACAGUAAUGUGACUGUGUAUUGUUACAGCAUAUGCUGUCUGAUGUUGUGCUAUUCGUGUCAUUUCACUGUCUGUGUGAUUUGUCAGAGUGAGUGUGUGUGUGUGUGUGUGUGUGUAUUCCAGUGGAGCCGCUCUCUGUUCAUUAGACCUUGUCUGUUCUCGACCUAGAUCCCUCUAGCGGAAAUGGAGCACUCUCUCUGGCCUCUGACAAGUCCUGGUCACUAGCUCUAACUGACGACUCCACCCCCUCUAACUGACCAGUCUGGUGUCCAAUGUACUGACAGUUCCUCUCUGACUCUCUCCGCCUCCUCUUCCUCUGUAGUCUCUUGUAGCCUUUCCCGAGGGAGCAUCCAAACUCACCUGCCCCCUCCAGGCUCAAUGUCUCUUCCAAACUCACCUGCCCCCCCCCCAGGCUCAAUGUCUCUUCCAAACUCACCUGCCCCCUCCAGGCUCAAUGUCUCUUCCAAACUCACCUGCCCCCCUCCAGGCUCAAUCUCUCUUCCUAA